AUGAGUUUACCUAUUGCUGAUGAUGAACCUCCAAUCUCGAUGCUGUUAUCAGCAAAGGGUGAUAACAAAGAUUAUUUCAAGUUAUUAGAUGUAAAGGAGAAAAAAUAUGCUCACUAUAUGUCAAAGGCUUCCCAAUUCGGUACGAGAAUCACACUAAGGCAAGUAUCAAUUGAAUCAGAAUUAAUCUUUGAUUUGUUACUGUUUGUACAAAAAAAUUUAGAUUCGAAUCUGAUUAAUGAUCAGUAUAAAAUUGAAUAUAAAGAUUACUUAAAUUACGCUUCACAAUUUUUAUCAAAUUUAGGUAAUUAUAAGUCGUUUGGUGAUACAAAAUUUAUACCAAAUUGUUCAAAAGAAUUCUUAGUUGAUAGUAUAUUGAAAAAUGUAAAAUUAGACGUUCAUGAUUCAAAGGUUUGGGAACAAUUCACAAAUGAAUACUAUAAUUCAAAUUAUGAUUAUAAAUCUCAUUUCAAAACAUUAAAUGAUUUAAUCGAUCAAGGCAUCUACGGUGUCAAUUCAAAUAAUUUGAACUUGGCACAAUUAGGGUACCCUUCAUUAGGUUUUAAAUCUUCGUAUUAUUCAGGCAAUUCCGUCUCCUCAGAUGAUAUGAUUUUAUUAAAGAAAGAAAUCUUUACAAAAUUUAAUAUCUUACCUGAAAAUACAAGAAUUGAAAAGAUCAACGAUAAAACAUUUAUUAUUCACGUUGCAUCAUUCAAUAUGUUACAUCCUUCAAAUCCAUCAAAUGAAUAUCCAAGUGGAAGUGUUACUGUCGCUGAUGAUACUGUUGUCUCAUUCAAAUUUGGCGAUCAUUCAAGGGAAAUGCAAGGUAUUAUUAAAAAUUUGAAAUUAGCUAAGAUGUAUGUUGCAAACGAAGUUCAGUCUCAGAUGUUAGAUAAAUACAUUGAACAUUUCGAAACUGGAUCAGGAAAUGCUCAUAAGGAGUCUCAAAAGCUUUGGGUUACAGAUAUUUCACCAACCAUUGAGACUAAUAUUGGAUUUAUCGAAACUUAUAGGGAACCAUCAGGAAUUAUUGGUGAAUAUGAAGCACUAGUCGCUAUUCAAAAUAAAGAAAGAACUGCGAAAUUCGGUGAAAUGGUAGAAAACGCUAAGGAAUUCAUUCUAUUGUUACCAUGGGGUGCAGAAUAUGAAAAACCUGAUUUCAAUCCACCUGAUUUUACUUCAUUAGAAGUAUUGACUUUUACAGGAUCUGGUAUACCAGCUGGUAUCAAUAUUCCAAAUUACGAUGAUGUUAGAUUAACUAUCGGUUUUAAGAAUGUGUCUUUGGGAAAUAUUUUAAAUGCUUCCGCUAAAUCGUCUUCUAAAUUUCCACCAAGUUUCAUUCAAGAAAAGGACCUCGAAGUGUUUAAGAAAUACCAAAGUGAAUCUUUUGAAGUUCAGGUCGGUAUUCAUGAACUGUUAGGACAUGGUACCGGUAAACUAUUAAGUGAAAUUGAUGAUAAUAAAUAUAAUUUCGAUUUUGCUAACCUUCCAAUUGGUUUAAAUGGCAAAGCAGUUACCACUUAUUAUAAAAAAGGUGAAACCUGGGGUUCAAAGUUUGGUUCAUUAGCUGGUGCUUUUGAAGAAUGUCGUGCAGAAUUAGUUGCAAUGUAUUUGAUUACCAAUCGUAAACUAUUGGAGAUUUUUGGAUUUAAAACAAAAGAAGAACAAAACAAUAUCAUUUUUGCAGGCUUCUUACAAAUGGCAAGAGCAGGUAUUUUAGCUCUAGAGUACUGUUCACCAGAAACUGGCAAAUGGGGUCAACCACAUAUGCAAGCUAGAUUUUCUAUCAUGAAGACGUUCUUAAAACAUUCAUCAAGUAAGCAAUUUCUAAAAAUUGUCCUUGAUAACGAAACCAACCCUACCGACUUUCACUUAGAGAUGGAUGCUUCUCUAAUUGAAACAGUUGGCCAUGAAUGUGUUAAAGACUAUCUAUUGCACUUACACAUCUAUAAAUGUUCUGGUGAUGCUGAAAAUGGUACAAAGUAUUUCAUUGAAAGAUCUACAGUACCAGAAGACUUGGCAAGAUUAAGAGACAUUGUCAUUAAGAAAAGAUUGCCAAGAAGACAAUUCAUUCAGCCAAAUACUGUCUUCAACGAAGAAACUAAUGAUAUCAUUGUAAAAGAAUAUGAUGAGACUGCGACAGGUAUGAUUCAAUCCUUUAUCGAAAGAGAGACUUGA